AUGGCUGAUGAUUUAGGUGAUGAUGAUUAUUUUCUUCAAGAAGAAAUUCAACCUGAAAAUAAUGAUAUAAUUGAUAAAAAAAUCAAAACAAAAAAAGCCAAGCAAAAAAUUUUACCAAAACGUCCUAUGGGAACUUAUUCUGAUUUAAUAACAACAAUUCGUAUUCAUUAUAAAAGAUCUAAAAGUCAAUAUGAACUUGAUGAACUUCUUUCAAUAUUUAAUUCAUCAAUAUCAGCAUCAUCACCAUUAACAUCUACAAUAUUACUUGAUGAAUAUUUAAAUGAAUUAAUUCCAAUAAAUAAAUGGUCGAAACAAGCUGAUCUUUCAUCAGCACCAAUUGUUUUGAUUAUUGCACAAUCAGCAUUACGUUGUAUUGAAUUAGGAAAAAUUUUAAAAAAUUCUUCAUCAUCAAAAUUAUUUACAUUUCAUUAUUUAUUUGCUAAACAUAAAAAACUUUCUGAUCAAAUUGAUUUAUUAAAAAAAUCAACAACAUUAUUUAAUAUUAUUAUUGGUACACCAAAACGUAUUGAUGAUAUUCUUGAUGCAAAUGUAAUUAAUCUUAAACGUUUAAAAUUUGUUUUAAUUGAUUGGAAUUAUCAAAAUAUAAAACAACAACGUUUAAUUGAUUUAAAUCAAUUAAAAAUUGAACUUUGUCAUUUAUUAUGUGAACAAAGUGUUUUAUAUAAACGUUUUUUUAAAGAAAAAGCUAAAAUAGGACUUUUUUGA